AAGAGAAAGGAUAGCGGAACAAAUAACAACCACUCCUGAAACCACACCUGCCAGAUAAGAAAUCAACAAAAUGUUGAAACAGUAUAAAAGAAUUCGGUAUAAGUAAUUGGAUCUACCUUGGCAAUUAGCAUCUUAGGUCUCGAUUCUCAGCAUCUCGACCAAGAUCCCACCCUCAACUGGCCCAUAUCCAACGGCUGACAUUUCUCUAUACCAUUCUCUCUCCCAAACGUUACCCUUUUAUAGGCCUGAGAUUGUUUUCUUACAAACCCCAGAAAUCGAACCAAAACUAGAAAAUCUUCAGACAGCUGAGUUUGUCUUUUAGAGGAGACACCCCCCCUCCCCAAAAAAAAUAAAAAAUGAACCAGUUAUUAGAUUCUCCGCUCGAAGCCUUGGCAUUUAACUAUAUAAGUUUUGGGAUUUUCACUGUUGUUAAUAAUCUGUGGACUUGGGUCGCCGUUGUCACGGGCACGGCUGCGAUUAGUUUUUGGAGGAUUAGAGCCACUUGUGCGGCCACCUCAUCAUGCUCCGUUAAAAAGCCUGACCAAAAGCCGUCAACUUGCAUUACUGAUCGUACCGAAGAUGAUUCUCGACCAAUUCCCGAAGAUGAAGAAAAGCUGGCCUCUUCAGCUUUGGUUUCAGCUCCAGCUUCCUUGGCGGGAACGAGUGUUUCGCCGUUAGUUUGCAAUGGCAGAGUGACCAAAGGAGGGAAGUUCAAGUUGACUGUUUAUUACGAGGACGAUGGAGAGAGUGACGAAGACGGUGAAACGACGGCAACAGAAUGGAGUGACGGUGACGACGAUUGUAAGGAAGGGAGUUGCGGGGAGUGGUGGGAGAGUUGGGAGAGAGUGUUGAGUGUGAGAAAGGGGGAAACAGGAUGGUAUCGUUAUCAGGAUUUGACGGUGAUAAACGGCAACGUCGUUAGGCUAUGGAAUGAAUCGUGUAGGAGAGGAAGGUACAGCUCAAGCGGUGCUGUGUGGUAGUUGGUGUUUUUCAGGAAUUUAAUGUAGUUGGUAUAAUGCUUUUUUUUUUCUUUUAAUUGUCAUAAUGACUUUUGAUUUAAGGUUGUGGAAACAUGUAAAUAUAUUUGUUGGACGGAACAACCAUUGAAAAUCCAAAGCAAAGCAAAUGCUUUUAAGGUUA